AUGUCAUUCAAGUAUGCACUUGUGCCAUAUAUCCGUGCGCCUGAAAAACACCCGAGUGUGGUUCUGUACUAUGACGAGAAUGUGUCGAUAAUUAAAGACGCCUUUCCUAAGGGCAAAGUACACCUGUUGAUAUUACCAAGAAAUGAAGAAACAAGCAAGAAGAGGUCUCAAGAGGCUUUCAAGGAUGAAAAGACGAGGAAACUGCUAGAGGGCUAUGUCAACCAAGGGGUUGAAUUGGCACACAAGGCAUUUAAUAAAACGUGGAAACGGAUAGAUGGGGAUGAACAGAAGAAGAUGAAAAUAAUUGUGUGUUGCCACUCUGUUCCAUCGUUGAACAACCUGCACAUUCAUGUGUUAACCACGGAUAUGUGUGGAAAGAACAUGAAGAACAAAAAGCAUUACAACAGCUUUACAACGGAGUUCGCAAUAAAAUUUGACGAGUUUCCCCUAAAAGAGGAUGACUACAGGCUUCAAGAUAAAGGCAGGUGUGAGUCGUUGCUUAAGCAAGAUUUGUUUCAAGAAAAUGCAAGCUAA